GCCUCGGCCCCCGAAAAGACGCCCGGCGAGGAGACACCCGCCCGGCUGGUGGGCCGGCCUUGCUUUGGCUUCCGCCACUGAUCCGGCAGCACACGGAGCGAGUCCGCCUCCAGCGGCAUCUCCAUCCGGGUGGCGGCGAAGCGGGAGAGGGUCCCUCAGCCGGGCUCGAGUGGAAGGAUGGGGCAGGCUGGCCCCGAGGAGGCCGGCCGGGAUGCGGCCCAGGGGAGCACCGUGGGCCUGGCGGGGCCGCCUCAGCCGCGGGGCAGCCCUCAGCCCGCCGCGGCACAGACGGAGGAGUCGCAGCGCCGCCUCUUCUUAGUAAAAGGUGGAAUCUUUCUUACUACAGUUGCUACUGCAGGAAUUCUAGCAGGUUUUGGUACAACACUUGCCAUGGCUAAAAAGAAAAACCCAAACUGGUUCAAUAAGGGUGUGGUUGCCACAGCUGCUUUACCAGAGAGUGGUUCGUCCAUUGCCUUACGUGCCUUAGGAUGGGGUUCACUAUAUGCCUGGUGUGGAGUUGGACUCAUCAGUUUUGCCAUCUGGAAGGCUUUGGGAGUUCACAGUAUGGAUGAAUUUCGGAACAAAAUGCAAUCAAUAUUUCCAUCAAUUCCCAAAAAUGCAGCACUGCCUGUUGAAUGGGAGGACAUUCUGAAAUCCAAAUGAGCAGCACGUGAAGGAACUUUGACUGAAUUUUUAAAAAGCAUAAGAGAAGUAGAGUGUAUGGAGGAAAUGUCCAUUCCAAGGAAUAGGGAGAAAGAAGGUCGUCACUCAGAGUCAAUUGUAUAGAACACAGUGAGCCAUACGUUUGUGCAGCAAGAGUAAAAUGUGCUGUUUGAUCAUAGUUGUUAACUUGGAUGAUGGUAACAGGUAUAGUAAAUGUAAAUAAAGAUCAAAAUGUGGAUGAGAA